GAGGCAAGGGCCGCCUUCCCAGGAUGGUGAUUGGGAGAAGGAGGAAGCUGGGGAUUGGCUUUGGCGUUUUGGGGUAGCUGAAGGAGGAGGAGGGAGGAGAAGGCGGCUGAGCAAACUGAGCCUCGGGACACGCUCUGGAAAAACCUCCAGGAAAUGUCAGAAAGAGAGGCGGAACAGGAGCCCCAGGCGGCUGGGAUGCAGGCCUCUAGCCCCCCUGCCCUUGGAGGCCUAGGCAAGACCCGCUGCCCAAUGUGCAUGGAGCUCUUUAAAGCCCCCAGGAUCUUGCCAUGCUUGCACACAUUUUGCACGACCUGCCUGGAACAGUUGGAACCCUUCUCCGUCCUGUUGUUGGGACCACCAGACCCAGAAACAACCUCCCAUCGUCUGUGGGUCUGGGAUAAGCAGCCCCAGCAGCUGGAGCCACAGCUUAGCAUCCUCUGCCCGGUCUGUGAUACGGAGGUUGAUCUGCCUCCUGGAGGAGUGAAGGCCUUAACCAUGGACCACUUGGCCAUAAAUGAGGUGCUGCUACAAAAUCUGCAAGAGGACGCUCCAGGUGUGGUGUGUGAUCUGUGCAGCGACAGGGAGGUAGAGAGUCGGUGUCUCACCUGCAAGGUGAAUCUCUGCCAGUUCUGCAGCCAGGCUCAUAGGCGGCAAAAAAAAACUGCUUCCCACUCUGUCGUGCCCAUGCAGGACCUGAAGGGAUACAGCCAGAUCGGGAGGCCAAUUAUGUGUUCUGUCCACCCUGCCGAGGAGCUGAACCUGUACUGUGAGCAGUGUGACCAGCCAGUGUGUCGGGACUGUGUGCUAAGUGACCAUCGGGAGCAUGCCUAUGACUUGAUCAGCAACGUCAUCCACAAGCACGGGAACUCCAUGCGGGAGCUUCUUCACAGCACCCGGCCCCAAGUGGGCACCUUGGAGAGAGCCCUGGCCCAGAUUGAGGGUGUAGGCAGUGCCCUCCGGAGCCGCAUGGAUGCCCUGUCUGCUGACGUCCGGGAGUUUUGUGAUGGCUACAUCACCGCUAUCAGAGAACACCGGGAUCAAUUGCUGAAGCAGUUGGAAGACCUCCGGAUCCAGAAGGAGAACACUCUGCACCUCCAGAAGCUCCAGGUGGAGCAGCUGCUGGCAGACCUGCGGACCGGGGUCGAGUUCACGGAACACUUGCUGAGUAAUGGCUCUGACCUGGAGAUCCUCAUCACCAAAGGAGUCGUGAUGAACCGGCUGAAGAAACUCAAGAUAGUAGACUACAGCAUUGGCCCUGGGGUGGACGAUGGCAUCUGCUUCUCCCCACAGGAGAAGGCUGGCCAGUAUGGUGGCUAUGAAGUUUUUGGGGUCAUUCUCACCAAAGGGGUUGAUCCAGCCAAGUGCAUUCUCCAAGGGGAAGACAUCCACAAAGCUUGGGAGAAGCAGAAAGUCACCUUUACCCUGCUCUGCAGAGAUACCCUGGGAGAGCCCAUGGGCAGAGGAGGAGAGCACAUCCGUGUGAGCGUCAGCCAUAAAAAUAAGAAGGACUGUGUUCUUAAGACGAUGGUCCAGGAUAACAACAAUGGGACUUACACCAUUUCCUUUAUCCCCGAGGAGCCUGGCCCCUACACCGUGUGCGUCUGUGUCAGAGGGCAGCACAUCCAGGGCUCGCCAUACACAAUGACUGUGAGAAGAAAGUUCCGCCAGCACCAGGGGAUCUUUCAUUGCUGCUCAUUCUGUUCCAGUGGGGGCCAGAAGAACGCUCGCUGUGCCUGUGGAGGAACCAUGGCAGGUGGGUACCAAGGUUGUGGACACGGACACAAAGGUCACCCAGGCCGCCGACAUUGGUCAUGCUGUGGAGGCACAGAGGAGAAGUCAGACUGCUCAUGGAAGGUGGAAGUGGGGAGUUCCCAGAGGAGUCUGGUCAGGACAGUGGCACUCUGAGCUGAUGAUGAAAAGGCUGAGUUUGCAUGAAUGUCACUUACCAGUAAGUCCCCAAGCCCUGUGGCAGAGCUGCUGAUUAAUUCUUAAGAAACCACUAAAAUAAACGUGCCUUAUCUUACCAUCUAGGUCAGUGCACGUGUGUGUUCCUGAGGUGAUGACACCCAAAUGAACCUUCAGACUAGGUGGUCUUUGUAUCACUGUCACAAAGUAUCUCACAAAAAGCCACAGACUCAUGGCUUGGUAUGUCUUUACCACUACUGGCUAAAAGCCAAGGUAUGUUUCUUGCCGCUGGUGGAUCAACAGCAUUGCCUUCAUCUACAAAGGGGCUGUGCUGCUAGAUGAUAAUCAUGAAAAAGGGAUAUUUUGUAAUCUAGAGCUUUCCUUUCGAUAGCUACUGCUUUCAGGCUACUAGAGUCGUUUCAGUCACGUCUGACUCUUUGUGACCUCAUUUGGGAUUUUCUUGGUAAAUGUGCCGGAGUGGUUUGCCAUUCCUUUUCCAGCUCAUUUGACAGAUGAGGAAACUGAGGCAAACAUGGUUAAGUGACUUGCUCAGGGUCACGCAGCUAGGGAGUAUCUGAGGUCAGAUUUGAACUCACAAAGAGGAGUCUUCCUGAUUUCAGGCUUGGCACUCUGUCCAUUGCACCAUCUAGGUGCCCCUACUGGCUAAAAGUCAAGGUUUGUUUCCUGCUGAUUGUAAAUCAACAGCAUUAUCAUAAACUACAGAGGUUUUGCUACUAAAUAAUAAUCAUGGAAAAAAAGGAUAUUUUCUAAUCUAAAUAGAGUUUUCCUUUACAUAGCUGGGUAUCUCAGGCUACCAGAGUUAUAAGAUAUACAUACUUUACAUUAAACCUGUAAGAUCUUAUUUUGGUUAACAGGAGUAAUAACUUGAAUAUAUGGUUAAUCAUUUUAUGUCCUUGUGGUACAGUUUCCUACUGUGAGGCUGAAAGAAGACUGGUUAUAAUUUAGCAUUAAACCUGUUUUGUACACUUU